UUUAAGCCGAUAGGGAUGAUGGUUGCAAGGGAAGGAAGUAGCUAAGCAACCACGGUGGUAGAUCAAAUGUGAACGCUCUCCCGCCACCUUUCUGAAAAAUGACAAUGCGUUGAUCUCUUCCAUUUCUUCUUCUUCUUCUUCUUGUUGAUUAGAACACCUCAAGCUAAACGUCACCUUCCUCUGCUUCACCGGCCGACAUGUCAACGGCCUCUUCCUCUAUCUUCCUCCUCUGUUUCCUCUGCUUAUUCUCUGCCAUCAUUUCGCAAUCUGACCAGCUUCAAAUUCUUCUAAACCUCAAAACCGCACUUCAAAAGUCUAAUACCAAUGUUUUCGAUUCAUGGGAUUCGAGUCGUUUUAUCUGUAACUUUACUGGAAUCACCUGCAAUUCCGGUAAUUCAGUCACCGAAAUUCAACUCUCAAAUCAGAACUUAGCUGGAGUUGUUCCUUUUGAUUCAAUAUGCAAGCUCCAAUCCUUGGAAAAGCUCUCGUUUGGCUUCAAUUCAUUGUCGGGCAGAGUCACGGAGGACUUGAAUAAGUGCACAAAUUUGAAAUAUUUAGACCUCGGCAAUAAUCCUUUUACCGGUCCUUUUCCAGAAAUUUCUUCUUUGAAUCAAUUGCAGUACCUGUUCUUGAACCAAAGUGGAUUCUCGGGUGUUUUCCCAUGGAAAUCCCUGGAAAAUAUCACGGGUCUUGUCACGCUGAGUUUAGGGGACAAUACUUUCGACCCAACUCCAUUUCCUACAGAGAUUUUUAAGCUUACGAAAUUGAAUUGGCUUUACUUAUCGAAUUGCAGCAUCGGCGGCACGAUUCCAAGUGAUAUUGGAAAUCUUUCCGAGCUGGUAAGCUUGGAACUUUCCGAUAGUAAUAUAACCGGCGAGAUUCCUUCACAGAUAGGAAUGCUCAAGAACCUCUGGCAGCUGGAGCUUUACAACAACAGCUUGACCGGAAAAUUGCCGGUUGAAUUUGGAAAUCUUACGAAACUGGAGAAAUUCGACGCGUCCAUGAACUAUCUGGAAGGCGGGCUAUCUGAAUUGAGAUUCCUGACUAAUCUGGUAACUCUUCAGCUAUUCGACAACGAGCUUUCUGGUGAAAUACCGGUGGAGUUUGGCCAGUUCAAGAAACUUGUAAAUCUUUCUCUGUAUGGGAACAUGUUAACCGGUCCUCUCCCUCCGCAGCUUGGUUCCUGGGCAAAUUUUAUUUACAUUGAUGUGUCGGAGAAUUUCUUGACAGGUCUGAUCCCACCAGAUAUGUGCAAGCAGGGGACCAUGAAGCAGCUUCUCAUGCUCCAAAACAAUCUCACCGGAGAAAUUCCGGCUAGUUAUGCGAGCUGUACUACUUUGACGAGAUUCAGAGUCAGUAAAAACUCGCUUUCGGGCACUCUUCCAGCUGGAAUUUGGGGAUUGCCCAACAUGAACAUAAUCGAUAUCGAGUUUAAUCAAUUCGAAGGCCCGCUUACUCCUGAUAUUAGGAAUGCCAAAGCUCUGGGGCAGUUGUUCCUCGGAAACAACCGAUUAUCCGGUGAAUUGCCAGAGGAGAUAUCGGAAGCUACAUCGUUGGUAUCGAUAAGUUUAAACGAUAAUCAGUUUUCGGGAAAGAUACCGGAGGGAAUUGGCGAACUUAAGCAACUAAGCAGCCUUCAUUUGGAGAACAACAUGUUCUCUGGUUCAAUUCCAGAGUCACUAGGCUCUUGUAACGCUCUCAGCGAUCUAAACAUAGCUCAUAAUUUGCUUUCUGGUGAAAUCCCAUCCUCGUUGGGAUCUCUACAGACUCUAAAUUCUCUGAAUUUAUCAGAGAAUCUACUUUCAGGUCAAAUUCCAGACACCUUGUCGUCUUUGAGGCUAAGCCUCCUUGAUCUGACCCACAAUAGAUUAACCGGUCUCAUACCUCAAUCUCUAUCAAUUGAAGCAUAUAAUGGAAGUUUUGCUGGAAAUUCUGGCCUCUGCAGUGAAACAGUGAACACUUUUCAGAGAUGCAAGCCUGAAUCCGGGAUGUCAAGAGAUGUGCGUACGCUUGUUGCUUGCUUUGCUGUAGGUGCAGCAAUAUUGCUGGUCUCUCUUAUAUACUUCUUGUACUUAAAGAAGAAAGAAAAGGAUCAUGAACGUUCAUUGAAGGAAGAAUCUUGGGACGUAAAGUCCUUCCAUGUAUUAAGCUUCGGAGAGGAUGAGAUUCUUGAUUCCAUAAAGGAAGAGAACGUGAUAGGAAAAGGGGGGUCCGGAAACGUGUACAAAGUAGCACUUGCCAAUGGAAAAGAACUUGCUGUGAAACAUAUUUGGAACACAGAUUCCGGUAACCGGAAAAAUAGCUGGAGCACCACACCGAUGCUUGCAAAACGGGGAGGAAAAUCUAAAGAAUUUGAUGCAGAGGUGCAGACUUUGAGCUCAAUAAGGCAUGUCAAUGUGGUGAAGCUCUAUUGUAGUAUUACCAGUGAGGAUUCUAGCUUGUUAGUUUACGAGUAUAUGCCUAAUGGGAGCUUAUGGGACCGGCUGCAUUCUUCAAGGAAGAUGGAGCUCGAUUGGGAGACAAGGUAUGAGAUUGCAGUGGGAGCAGCUAAGGGAUUGGAGUAUCUGCAUCAUGGAUGCGACAGACCAGUCAUUCACAGAGAUGUAAAGUCCAGUAAUAUUUUGUUGGAUGAGUUCUUGAAGCCUAGGAUUGCUGAUUUUGGGUUGGCGAAGAUUGUUCAAGCCAAUAAUGGUGGUAAAGACUCCACCCAUGUAAUUGCUGGUACCCAUGGUUAUAUAGCUCCUGAAUAUGGGUACACAUACAAAGUCAAUGAGAAGAGUGAUGUUUAUAGCUUUGGAGUGGUAUUAAUGGAGCUAGUGAGUGGAAAGAGGCCAAUAGAGCCAGAGUAUGGAGAAAACAAAGAUAUAGUAGAUUGGGUUUCCAGCAACUUGAAGAGCAAAGAGAAGUUGUUCAGCAUAGUAGACUCCAGAAUCCCAGAAGUUUUCAAGGAAGAUGCUGUGAAGGUAUUGAGAAUUGCAAUUCUCUGCACAGCAAGGGUUCCAUCGCUGAGACCCACCAUGAGAAGUGUAGUUCAAAUGCUAGAAGAAGCAGAACCUUGUAAGCUGGUAGGCAUUGUCAUCAGUAAAGACAAGGAGAAGUUCAGUCCUGAAACUUAGAUCUUCCCAACUGGUCUACUUUUGAUUAGGUUUCUUAAUCAGUCAUUUCCUGGAAAUUUCUUUUUUCAAAUGCUGCUAGUUUGAACAUGUAAUAUAUUAUAGUGUAAUUGCUUGUAACAUAUUAGGCAGUCUUCAAUUUUGAUGCAGAGAGGCAGAGCUCUCUUGUGUGUACUUCAAACAACUGCAAGGCGAAUAAAACAUGGAGGUCAUGUUGAUAAAA